AUGAGUGUGAGGCUGUCCGAUGUAUUGUCGCAUCAUAGCUCCUCGAAUGUGUCGGUGCAGCCGCUGUACCUCGAUGACGGGUCGCCGCACAGCUUCAGCAAUGGGCUGGCGUCGCGCACCACCCGGAGCGUGUCGCUGCACACCGCACUGUCGUUGGAGACACUGGCCGCGCCCCCCAACGCCCCGUUCGGCUCGCCAAACCCCAGCAGCGACGAGGCAUUGGUCUAUGCGCAGGGGGAGGACCGACAGCAUCCUGAGAUGUGGAACGUGAGGGUGCGGAAUGGCGCAGCACGAGCGCUGCAGCUCGCGGCAGGUAGCGUGAGCAGCCUAUUGGAGCGGCUGCUGGAGCCGAACAGAAAGGGCAACAGCACAGCUGACACGGAGAAAAACGCGCUUGCGCUGCAGGUAGAGCACAUGGACGACACGUCCCAAUGUCAUAUGCGCCCCGCUCAUAUUGUGUACCCGAGCUUAGAGGAUCUGGACAACGAUGAGGAAGAUGCGGAGGAGGAGGAGGAUGUAGAGCCGCUGCGCAUUGAGAUUGAUCUCUCCUCCACCCUGCGCGCGUAUCGUAAGAAUCCUAAUGAGUGCUUCGGCCACCUUGUCGCUGCCGCCCUGUCGAGCCGCUCCGCGGGGAACCCUGUGACGGUUGAGGAGCUGAAUGAGGCGCGUCUCAACCCAUACCUGGUGCGCAUGAUAGUCGAUUCUCAGCGUCUCGACCUCGACAACGAGGCGGUGCAAGUGGAGGUGCAGCGUUGUGUGGACAGCAUCAUUCCCGCUGAAUCCCCGUGUGUCCCGCUGAGUGUGUACGAGUACCUGCCCUCUCUAUUCAAGCUACACUUCAUUCGCCUCGAUUCCGAGCAGUGUACAGUUGUGAAGGAGAGUGGAUUUGAGUUCGUAAAGCUUCUGUGCGAGUACCCCCACGUCCUCCCACCGGGGCGUCUGAAUUCCAUUCGGCUAAACUACGUGCAGCCUAUGUGGUAUCUUGACAUCUUCUUUAUGGUCGCUAGUAUUCUCGUGGAGUUGCUUUGUAUUGUUGUCAUCGCACUCGUUCUGGCGCACUGGAUGAAGUAUGGCGAGGAGACAAUCUACCAGUCAUACGGUUACUACACGGCCAUCAUGUACGGCGCUGGGUACGCGGCACAUCUUAUUGGCAUGAUCUUUUUGAUGCGUGCGAAGGAGCGGGAUACUGUGUACGGCAAGAUGUUCUGCUCGUUCCCUUCCCCGCAUCUACACGUGGUGCCAGUGGUGCCGUUGUACAAUUUCAUCAGCUUCAUCACGUUCAUGCGGUACUAUUUUGCGAACCGCCGCGAGAAGUACGUCGCAGUUCUGCACGAUAUCAUGGCCGCUCAGGUCUUGUCAAGCCUGUGCUUCGCUCUUUGUGUGGCAAUGCCGCAGUUCAUUUACCAGACAUACUUGAUCGCAGAUAAGACGUAUGUUCCCCCAGAGAUUGGGGGCGACUAUUCGUACAAGCUUCUUGUUGGCGCAACCAUCGUCACCUGUGUUCUUGCAAUGCUGCGCCUGCUCCGGAUGCUUGCGACGUAUGACUCUAUCAAUUCUUAUGGGUUUGCGUGCUUUGGUUUCCGCCGCGAAAGAAAAAUUGAGCGGUACUCCGCCUUCGCACGGAUGGUCUACGCCUCUUGCUUGUUUGUAUUUGAGUUAAACGCCUUCCUCCUGGUGGUGGGGGUGGUAAACAUCUCGGAGUGCGGGGUGAGGAUAUUGGAAACAAUUGGGUUGGCGGGUGCCUCCUUGCUGCUUCUGUUAGUCGUGUUCGCCCUCCUGCUGCUGAGCCAGGAAAGUGUGUUUCGCAUCAUGUGGUCCAUGCUCCCACUUGCGACCUUACAGAUUGCGUUGCUCAUUUGCCAACAGGUUUGCACGCAAGGGGAUUGUGACUUUUUCCUACUCCUUCAAAGAAAUACACUCUGGUUUCGGUACGUCAUCUGGGCAAUGUUCCUCUUCUUUUUGGCUCUCUGGCUGGCGCAGUGCGUCGUUUUGUGUACGAUGAGGAGGGCGCGAAGCUUCUUUAGUUGA